UCCUCCCCAUUUUCUAUUCAACCAAACAAAACCCAAGACAAAUAUUUUCCUUCUCUCAUAAGAAGCUCAAGAAAUGGCUCCAACACUUGCAGAAUCAACCACUGACGCCUCCGCCUUUGAUAUCGCCGAUUUUGUGAUCAACCAAGGGAAUGGCGUAAAGGGUCUCUCUGAGUUGGGCAUCAAAAGCCUUCCUCGCCAAUAUAUUCAACCAAAAGAAGCAUUGAUCAACAUCAUCCCAAACAAAUCCAUCCCUGUCAUUGACAUGGCCAACUGGGAAAAUGAUCCCAACAUCGCUGAAUCUGUCUGUGAAGCUGCUGAGACAUUUGGAUUCUUUCAGCUUGUUAACCAUGGCGUUCCUCUUGAGGUCCUUGACGGUGUUAAAGAUGCAACGCAUCGUUUCUUUGGGGUUCCAGCUGCUGUGAAGAGGAAGUAUUCUAAGGAGCUUUCGCCUUCUAACAGUGUUAGAUUUGGCACCAGCUUUAGCCCUGAUUCUGAGAAAGCUCUUGAAUGGAAAGAUUAUCUCAGCCUUUUCUAUGUCUCUGAGGAAGAAGCUUCUGCAUUGUGGCCUCCUGAGUGCAAGGAUGAAUGCUUGGAGUACAUGAAGAAAUCUGAAAUCUUAUGCAGAAAGCUUUUGACUGCAUUAAUGGAGAGACUCAAUGUAAAAGAAAUAGACGAGAAGAAAGAGUCUCUUUUAAUGGGAUCUCGAAGAAUCAACCUCAACUACUAUCCAAGAUGUCCAAACCCUCAGCUCACUAUCGGUGUCGGCCGCCACUCCGACGUCUCCACCCUCACGUUCCUCCUCCAAGACGAAAUCGGUGGACUUUACGUGCGAGUCAACGAAGGAAAAGGAGAAGAAGAUGGGUGGGUUCAUGUUCCUCCGAUUGAAGGAUCUCUUGUGAUAAACGUCGGAGAUGCAUUACAAAUUCUGAGUAAUGGUCGAUAUAAAAGUAUCGAGCAUUGUGUGAUUGCGAGCGGAAGUAAGAACAGAAUUUCUAUUCCUGUUUUUGUCAACCCAAAGCCAAGUGAUGUGAUCGGACCGUUGCCUGAAUUGCUUGCUGCCGGAGAAAAGCCAAAAUAUAAGAAUAUUUUAUACUCCGAUUAUGUGAAGCAUUUCUUCAGGAAGGCUCAUGAUGGGAAGAAGACUGUGGAAUUUGCUGAAGUGUAAUAAUUUUUAGUUACUCUAUCAGUUUAUGUCAUUAUUGUUAAUGUUGUAAUCACUAAGUAUUUAAAAUAAACUCUAAGAUUAAUUUUAUUAAA